UAUUUUGUUGCCAUGGCGGCGGCGCACAUAGUUGCAGCGGCCCGGAGCUCCCCAAACUGGCAUGUUUUUUUUUGUAAUUUUUGGUAGCACUUAAUAUUAUUUCACACAGCUUUUCACACUGCUUUCAAACCCAACAAUGAAGUACAGCCGGAAUUAAAGCUCAACAACGCUCCAUUUCGCCAACUCCCAGCUGACUUCACCAUCCAGCACUCCUGAGGCUGAGACGCUUUGCGAGGCUGCAGAUCCGACUGGAACACCUCGAGUACUGCUGCAGCUUAAUCUUCACGGAAACCUGGCUGGAUAACAAGACCCCGGACUCGGCUAUUGAGCUAGAUGGCCGCACUGCCUAUCGAGCAGACAGAACAGCUGACAUGGCUUUGUUGCCAUGGCGGCGUCGCACAUAGUUGCAACGACCCAGAGCUCCCAAAAUCGGGCAUGUUUUUGUAAUUUUUGGUAGCACUUAAUAUUAUUCCACACAGUUUUUCACACUGCUUUCAAACCCCGACAAUGAAGUACAGCCGAAAUGUACUUUUAAAGUUCAACCGCGCUCCAUUUCGCCAACUCCCAGCGGACUUCACCAUCCCAGCCGAGAUCACCAGAUCACCAUCCAUCACUCCUGAGGCUGAGAAGCGGAGGAGGAGACGCUGUGCGCGGCUGCAGAAGAGGGGAAAACGCGGAUGUACGUGGGCUAGGCUCAAAGCGUACCCAUUCAAACCCCCGCUUCCUACCAUCUUUCUCUCAAAUGUCUGUUCGAUCCGCAACAAUGUGGAUGUGAUCCGACUUGAACUAGCUUCACAAAAACACAUCGAGAACUGCUGCAGCUUAAUCUUUACGGAAACCUGGCAGGAUAGAACAGCUGACUCGGGUAAGAAGCUAGGAGGAGGUCUGUGUAUCUAUACCAAUGACUCGUGGUGUACCAAUGUCACAGUUGUUGCUCCAAUAGAGACCGUUUUAAUUACCAAGAGAAUUCUCUUCUGUUUACAUCUGUGCUGUUUACAUUCCACCCGACGCCAUAGCUAAGUUGGCACUAGUUAGGCUACAGGACAUUGUAAACAAAAGCCUGCUGGUACAUCCCGACAGUAUCUUUAUUGCGGCGGGGGAUUUUAAUCAUGCUGACUUAAAGUCUGUACUUCAUUCUUUCCACCGUAAUGUAAAAUGCGCUACCAGAGGGAGCAACACACUUGAUCAGGUUUAGACCAACAUAGCCCAUGCAUACAGAACCCAGGCGUACCCCCACCUAGGUCUCUCUGAUCAUGUUUCGCUCCUCCUGCACCCCUGGCACACACCCAAAAUCAGAGCCAGUAGGCCCGAAGUCAGGUCUGUCAGGAUUUGGCCUGAGGACGCCAUCCCUAGGCUCCAGGACUGCUUCAGCUCCACAGACUGGGACAUUUUCAGUGGACUGGGUGUGUUGACACGUAGGUCUCUGAAUAAUUAUCUUGUCUCAGUCCUUGACCACAUAAUUUUUUGUGUGGAUAUUGUUACAUCCUGGAAACAAUUCCGUGUCUUCCCAAACGUUAAACCCUGAAUGACACCUAAAGUAAAAUCCUUACUACGAGCCAGGAAUGCAGCGUACAGAACCGGUGACACCAAUGCAUACUUCACGGCAAGAUCCGACCUGAAGAAAGGCAUCAGUUCUGCCAAGCAAACAUUCAUGACCCGCAUUGAAGCUCAGUUCAACAGCGCCUCAUGCCCCCGGCAGGUGUGGGAGGGCGUUAGGGCAAUAACGGACUACAAGGGAAGAACAUCCCCCCCUGUCAACAGCAGCGCCCCCCUAGCGGAGGAGUUAAACAUCUUUUACGCACGUUUUGACAGGAACAACAAGGACCCGGUGUCGCCCCCUCUCCCCUCUGACGGCUCCACCCUAGUCCUGAGCACUCAUGAGGUCAGACUCAUCCUACGCAACAUCAACAUCAGGAAGGCAGCAGGCCCAGAUGGAGUCCAGGGACGGGUGCUCAAGGACUGUGCGGCUGAACUAGCUCCAGUUCUCACCACCAUCUUUAACCUGUCUCUGGCCUCAUCCUGGGUCCCAGGAUGUCUCAAGGCAGCAAGAAUAGUCCCGGUUCCCAAGAAACCAAAUGUUGCAGGUCUGAACAACUACAGGCCUGUGGCGCUCACCCCUAUCGUCGCAAAAUGCUUUGAGAAACUAGUCAUGAAACACAUUAAAGCCUCCAUACCGCCAUCAUUAGAUCAGAAUCAGUUUGCUUACCGAAGAACAGGUCAACAGAGGAUGCCAUUGCCAUUGUGUUACACACUCUACUGGAACAUCUUGAGCACAGUAACACAUAUGGGCGACUCCUUUUUGUUGACUUUAGUUCAGCUUUCAACACUAUCCUGCCUAACAAGCUACACAGCAAACUACACAAACUUGGCCUGAACAACACUUAAUGCAAGUGGAUUUUGGACUAUCUAACACACCGCACACAACAUGUCAGGAUUGGCAAGCAUGUCUCCCCCACCCUGCCCAUGAACACCGGGGCCCCCCAGGGUUGCGUGCUCAGCCCACUUCUCUACACACUUUUCACUCACGACUGCUGCUCCUCUUCUCCAUCUAACCUCAUAGUGAAAUUUGCUGACGACACAACAGUACUUGGCCUCAUCACAGGAAAUGAUGAGACCUCAUACAGGAGGGAGGCCGAGAGACUGGUAGAGUGGUGCGGUGAUGACAACCUGGUUCUCAACACCACCAAGACCAAGGAAAUGAUCAUCGAUUUCCGCAGGGCCAGACACCUCAGCCACUCUCCACUCCUAAUCGGAGGGGAGGAGGUAGAGAGGGUGUCCAACUUCAAGUUUCUGGGCGUGACUGUGGCCGACGAUCUGUCCUGGAGGACCAACAUCACCUCUGCCGUGGUAGAGAGUAUACUCACCUACGGACUACUGGUGUGGUUCUCCAGCUGCACCAGGGCCGAAAAGGAGGCCCUCCACAGAGUGGUCAAGGCUGCGGGGAGGAUCAUUGGGAAGAGCCUACCAGAGAUCUCCACAGUCUUCACCUCCCGCUGCCUACGCCGGGUGAACAACAUCCUAAAGGACCAGGUCCACCCAGCGCACCAUCUCUUCCAGCGACUGCCCUCUGGACGGAGAUACCGUUCCAUCCCCACCCC